AUGCAAACUGCAAAUGCAUCCCGGGCUUCCCUAAGGAAUGGGACGCUCGGCCCCUUCGACGGGCCACAGUGGCCCCACCAGGCCUCACGAAGCGUCUACACCUCAGUGGCUGUGCUCAUGGGGGCGGUGACCAUCUCCGCAUCCCUGGCGAAUGGGCUAGUGAUCGCGGUCUCUGUCCGGUUCAAGAAACUCCGCUCCCCUUUGAACUACAUCCUGGUGAACCUGGCGACAGCCGACCUCCUAGUCACCUUCUUUGGAAGUACCAUCAGCUUUGCCAACAACGCCGUCGGCUUCUUCGUGUUUGGCAAGACAGUGUGCCGGUUUGAAGGGUUCAUGGUCUCCUUAACAGGGAUUGUGGGCCUUUGGUCCUUGGCGAUCUUGGCCUUCGAGAGGUAUCUGGUGAUCUGCAAACCUGUGGGAGGUUUCCAGUUCCAGCAAAGGCAUGCAGUGAUUGGCUGCCUUUAUACAUGGGUGUGGUCAUUAGUUUGGACGGUCCCCCCAUUGUUGGGCUGGAGCAGCUACGUCCCAGAAGGCUUAGGAACAUCCUGUGGACCCAACUGGUACAUGGGCGGUACCAACAAUAACAGCUACAUCAUGGCCUUGUUUGUGAUGUGCUUCGCUCUGCCUCUUGGCAUGAUUAUCUUCUCCUACGCCAACUUGCUAUUGACAUUGCGAGCAGUCGCGGCUCAGCAGAAAGAACAAGAGACAACCCAGCGUGCGGAGAGGGAGGUGACCCGGAUGGUCAUCACUAUGGUGAUGGCCUUUCUUGUCUGCUGGCUGCCCUACGCCACUUUUGCCAUGGUGGUCGCCACCAGCAAGGACCUCUCCAUCCAGCCGGCACUCGCCUCUCUGCCAUCCUAUUUCUCCAAGACAGCCACAGUGUACAACCCCGUCAUUUAUGUCUUCAUGAACAAGCAGUUCCGCAGCUGCAUCCUGAACACAAUGAGCUGUGGCCGCAUCCCGCUGGCAAUGCCGGAAACGACGCCAGCCGUGAUUGCCGUCCGUGGGGGCCUUGCCUUGACCUCAGAAGGGAGGGGAAAUAAGGUGGCCUCUACAUAA